CUUAUUUGGGGUUAUGUGAUAGAAAAACAUUGCAGGAAGAUGCUGAAAAAUCUCGUUUUAAGGCAAUUUCUUACGCGGGAUAGUCACAAAAUCGUCCAGAUACCUCAUCGGUAUGGUCAUACAAUCCGUGGAAAGCGACCAGGAGUGGCGAGAACUCUUCAGCAGCGCCUGGAAGAGCUAAACUACGUUGAUCCAGAGCUAGCCAGGAAGGUGAACAUAGGAUUGCCACAGCUAAAAGUCUCCCGGUCGGUGGUAUUCAAGGAUCGCAUGGAUCAGAGGAAGAAAAUGCGAAAUAAUCCGGAAAUUGAGAAACUUGCCCGGCUGAAUAAGCUCAAUGUGGAUUUGCAGGAUGUAAAUGAGGAAUGGAUAAAAACUUCUGGGCCCUUUGAUAUUAAGGGUAUUGCUGAGUACUACAAGAUCUAUCAGCAUCUCUUUGGGAAUGCCUACUUCGUUCCACGGGUGAAUCUGCGCAUUCUCUAUCCCACAAGCACUGAGGAAUGCUAUCCGGUUUACUAUGGGAAUAUCCUGAGUCCGGAGGAUGCUAAGGUGCAGCCUAUUGUUGAAUUUGAUCACACAUACAAACUCCCAAAGGAGACAAAAGAUUCCCUGUGGACACUUGCAAUGACAACACCUGAUGGGCAUUUUGAUGAUCCCACCAGUGAGUAUGUUCACUGGUUGGUGGCAAAUAUCCCCAAUGGCGAUGUAGCCAAGGGGGAUUGCGUUGUUCCCUACAUGCAACCCUUCCCCUCACGUGGGCUGGGCUAUCACAGAUAUGUAUUUAUUCUGUACAAGCAAGAUGGGAAAGUAGAUCUCAAGGAAAACAGUGUUCCGGAAACGAAGAAUCCUUCCCAGAGAAGCUUCCGCACAUUGGAUUGGUAUAGGAAGCAUCAGAAUGCGUUAACUCCUGCCGGAUUGGCUUUCUUCCAGGCAGAAUACGAUGAUUCCGUGCGGGAUCUCUUCCACAGAGUCUUUGAAAAAUCUCUGCCAACAUUUGAAUAUGAUGCGGAAAAGAACUAUGUAGGUCCACAGCAGUGGUUCCCCCUUAGGAAGGCCUUCAACACCUACAUGGACCUCUAUAGGGACCCAAAGCAGAUCAACAAGGAAUUCUUGGAGCGUAAAUUGGCCAAAACACACCCAUUCCGGGGUCCUAAGCCACCCCUACGCUUCCCCAUGGCGCAUUCGAUUAAGAACAAACCCUCAUGGCUUGUGGUUGAGAUGAAGAAGGAACGAAUGGGUAUUGGACGCAUCAAUGACUACAAGGAUUGGUAGAUGAAUAGCAACGGAGGAUGAUGGCCAAAAAGAAAAAGUGGACGGAGCACAUUCCGUGCAAAAAAAAAGUGCCUCACCGCAGAGAUGAUGAGGACGUGAAAGAUUUAAUGACUUAUCAGAUCACCCAACAUCUUUUGACCCAAUUCCAUCAAUUAAGCACCAAUUAGCAGCGAUAUAGUGAAAAGAAGAAGAAAAAAAUAAAGAAGAUGCGAGACACGAAAA